AAAUAGCAUUUAAACAGAGCAAAACAAAUAAAUUACGAAUGCAAAUCAUCAUAAUGAUAGUAAUAAUAAUAAUGAUACCUGUAAUCAUGUAACGAAUGGGGUUCUAAUGUGGCAGUGUGUUUUGCCUGGUGUACCUGAACGCACCGCGCGGGUGACUUGACAGAGGGAGGGAGGUUGGACUUUAUACUUUCAUUUUGUUCAGCUGGGGCGGACAAUAGGCAUGUUUUGUUGCACCUGUUCUGAAAUAAAACCUGACGAAGCUGGGGACUUUUACAAUUGUCACCUUAACUUAUAAAGACUGGCAGACGGAGAUUGGACCGUCGAGAUUCCAGACAUUUUACGGCGGUAUUGUCAAGUCAGUUCACUGACGCGCCCACGAUGCUCAUAUUUUUCUAUCAUUUCCACGAUGAGGACGCGUUCUCGCGCCACUGAGGACCGGGCGCCCAAACGUAGAAAGAAAAUGGCGGCCAGUCGCCGCUCGUCCUCAGACACCUCGUCGUUCUCGGACACCUCCUCGUCAUCCUCCUCGUCCUCCGCCUCGUCUUCCUCACGCACGUCUUUGACAUCGGACGACAACGAAACGGCCGGGCAGUCUGAUUGGUGCCCCUUCCUGACGGCCGAGGAGAAGAGGUGGAUGCGCGGCGAGCGGGACGCCGCCUCGGCAGGCGCUACACAGGAAGUGGUCAUCGAUGAUGAAGACUGCGACCAAAUGGUGCGCGCGGCGCAGCUGGAGGAAGACGAAGCGUUUGCGCGGAGCCUGCAGGCGCAGUUUGACCAAGAGGAGGUGGAGUCACAUCAUCAUCAUCAUUUCGGGCGUGACGGGUCACCGCCACCGCGACAGACAGGUGGCCGGCGCAGACGGAGGAAUGCGGUGGCGGCGCCGCAGCACGAUUUCUCCGGGGAUGACUAUGAGGCCCUCCUGGCGUUUGAGGAGCGUCAAGGCGCAGUGGUGUCCAAGAAGCUGACGCGGGGCGAGGUCCAGCGCUUCCCCGUCAAGUGCUACGACGGCGGCGGCGGGAACACGCAGUGUCAGAUUUGCUUCUGCGACUACGAGCGCGGCGAGCGGCUGAGGAUGCUGCCGUGUUUCCACGACUACCACGCCGAUUGCGUGGACCGAUGGCUGCAGGAGAACGCCACCUGCCCCAUAUGCAGAGUGGACCUGGCUGACCUUUGACCUCUUUUACAGAUGCCGUCUUCGAUGAUACAUUUCGUUGUUGUUGUUUCUAAUAAACGUUUCCAUUUGUUCAUUUUUGGAUUUGCAUAUUAAUCCUAAAAGUUGGACAUGUGACAUAAAUGUAUCCACAAAUUUUUUUCAAGGGAUUUCAUAAAUAUUCAUCUAUAUUUUCAAAUGUCUUUUUAAUCCCACAAAUUGAUGUCAAAUAAUAGUCUGCAAUUGGUUAAGAUAGAGACCCCUGUUUGAGAAAAUCGAUCGAUGAAAUAAGGAAUUUAAUAUUCAUUUUAAAAGACUUUAAACAUUUUAAAAUUGUUUUUUAAAAGGAAACGACUGUCAGUAUUCUGUUUCAUGAUUUUAGAACAAAUCUUUUGCACACUAAUCGCAAAAACAUAGGCGGAGUUUGACUUUCGGGGCACUAGGGCACAACAUGUUGAUAAUUUCAUUGCUGACACAGCAUUUCGGGGUUAAUUUACAAGAAUAGUAAAAACAAUGAGUUUUUUUGUUUCCCAUCAUUCUUGAGGGGAAUUCUAAAUUUGGCUGCGUAGGACAGCUAUAAUUUCCGCCAGGACAUGUCCCCCAAAUGACCUGAUAUGACCAGGACAUGUCCCCAAAUGACUGGAUAAGACAAGGGCACGUCCCCUAAAUGUCCCCAAAUGACCAGGACAUGGCCCAUAUAACCUGAUAUGACCAGGACAUGUCUCCCAAAUGACCCGAUAUGAACAGGACAUGUCCCCAAAUACCCUGAUAUGACCAGGACGUGUCCCCCAAAUGACCUGAUAGGACCAGGACAUGUCCACCAAAUGACCUGAUAUGACCAAAACGUCCCCCAGGUGACCUGAUAUGACCAGGACAUGUCCCCAAAUGACAUGAUAUGUGACCAGGGCAUGUCCCCAAAUAACUUGAUAUGACCAGGACAUGUCCCCCAAAUGACCUGAUGGGACCAGGACAUGUCCCCAAAAUGACCUGAUAAGACCAAAACGUCCCCCAAGUGACCUGAUAUGACCAGGACGUGUCCCCAAAUGACAUAUGUGACCAGGACAUGUAUGCUAAUGACUUUAAAUGACCAGGACAUGCCUCAAAUGACCCCAAAUGACCUGAUAUGACCAGGACAUGUCCACCAAAUGAACUGUCCAUCCCAGGAUGGACAGGCUAUAGACCCUACUCACCUACGUCACAAAAUGACGUGUCGCUGUAUCCGGCCGCCAUAUUGUCCGCAUUUUUUAGACCUAUUCUCAUUGUUUUCAAUUAGUCGCGCAAGUUAUAGAGCAAUUCAUGGAAGCCCCGGUGUUAUCUGACGCUGUAAACUCAUUGGAUGCGUUGCAUAAAAGGCGUUACGUGGAAAAGCUUCAGUUUAUCCAUUCGCCAGAUCCGUAUUUCAUGCCUCAAUCAAUGUUUUUUGACCCGCUGUCUUCGCCGUCUUUGCCUGACAUCUGCUACCCUGAUAUUUACAACUAUCUUGUCCACACAAAGUCAGCCUAUUCUCACGAAAGUUUGAAAAACUUUAAGAGCUUGGAGGCCUAUAAAUACUUGGUUGCUGGUUGGGUGAAACAGGUCCUCGUCC